UAUGGGUCUGCUGCCGCUUUACUGAUGAGCUGUUACACCAUGAGGACUUGCAGGAUGGUUCGUAUGGCAAGUGUGUUGGGUUUGGUGAUGUUAAGCGUCGCUCUCCUAAUUCUAUCACUGAUCAGCUAUGUCUCACUCAAAAAGGACAACCUCUUCGCCACGCCGAGAUAUUUGGGCUCGGCGGGCCCUAGAAUGUACAUGCUGCACAGCGGAUUUCGGUCACAGUUCGCGUUGAAGUUUCUGGAUCCCGCAUUUUUGCCAGUUGGAAGUGGGCGGGGCAACAAUAUCCAAAACAAACUUGCAAAGUGGACUUUCAACGUAACUUCCUUUUUACAGCAGAGGAAAGACAUCAGUCGCUAUGUCGACGUUUUUAAAAAUUUCACCUUGAUUAAGAAGAACGUGCGAGUUGGACAGUUACUGCACUAUGACUAUUCCAAUCACAAAUACGUUUUCUCUGUAAGCAAUAGCUUCCGGUCAUUACUUCCCGAGGUCCCCCCUAUAUUAAAGAUGCACUAUAAUACUUGUGCAGUUGUUGGGAACAGUGGGAUUCUAACGGGAAGUAGUUGUGGAGCUGACAUUGAUAAAUCCGAUUUUGUGUUCCGUUGCAACUUUGCACCGACUGAAACUUUUGAAAACGAUGUUGGAAGAAAAACAAAUCUCACCACCUUCAACCCAAGUAUCCUUGAGAAGUACUACAAUAACCUACUAACAAUUCAAGAUCGGAAUAAAUUUUUCCUAAAUCUUAAAAAGCUGGAUGGAGCCAUUCUUUGGAUUCCUGCUUUUUUCUUUCACACUUCUGCUCCUGUAACAAGAACUUUGGUAGAUUUUUUUGUAGAACACAGAGCACAGCUAAAGGUCCAGUUGGCCUGGCCUGGGAACAUAAUGCAACAUAUCAAUAAAUACUGGAAGACGAAACACCUGUCCCCGAAGCGCCUCAGCACGGGCAUCCUGAUGUACACACUGGCGUCCGCCAUUUGCGAGGAGAUUCAUUUGUACGGCUUUUGGCCUUUCGCUUGGGAUCCCAACACGGGGAAAGAACUGCCAUAUCACUACUAUGACAAAAAGGGAACAAAGUUCACCACCAAGUGGCAGGAGUCCCACCAACUUCCAGCGGAAUUCAAGCUGCUCUUCAAGCUGCACACGGAGGGCUUGACGAAACUGACCCUUUCACAUUGUGCCUCUUAA